AUGGUUCGAGGAGUUCCCAGAACCAAGGCCGGGUCACAUCACAGAGAUAGGACCCUGACGUCAAUGGAGAUGGGUGCGGCUUAUGACGCACGUAAGACGAAAUUAUUUACGCGAUUCAAAAAUAGCCUAGGAGGUUCAAGAUCGGGCAGAAAGGCGAAGGCAAAUACAACGAGUGUGAUCGAUGCCAUGGUUCGAAGCAUUACUGAGUGCGAAAAGCCCACGCACAUGCUCCAGGAACAGGAGGCAUACUCAAAACUUUUCUACACAACUCGUGUUCAGCCAACUGUAAAAGGAUCCCUGGAGAAAGCUGCUCAAGAACAUAGGACACUUACCAACGGCGAACGUGUCGCUCUUGUGAAGAAGGAGACUGCGAUGUUAUAUGCCCAGGAGUCGCCUGAUAUCAAGGACCAAGUGAAGCAAUAUCUCGAAGACCAGAAGCAGCAGAGAAUCCAAGAUAAGCAAAUCGGACGGAGGCAAACAAACCUCGACAAACUUGCGGCAGUCGCCAACUCAUUCUUGAAAGGGCUGGCAGAAGCAACUGGGAUGUCAUUCUCCCUCCUUGCUGGGGGUCCGUCUCCAGAAGCACUUGGGGCAAUUGAUAUCUAUAGUUUUCAUGUCGGUCAAACAAAGCUAGGUAACAACUUUAGCACUGCAUACCCUGGGUUUGACGCCGGUGUCAUGGAGCCCUUUCGAGACUUUUUACAUCGAGUAUACCCUGAGGCUGGCGUAUCGAGCCCACAACAGCAAGAGGGUAGUAGUGCAACUGGUGGCGACACCUACUUGGAUAUAUAUAACUCGGGCAAUGAGCUUCUAUCCUUUUGGGAUACAUCAUCAGGUACCAGCGGUAGCGGGCCUUCAAUGCAACAGGAUACAUCCCUUGAUGGACUCCUCACACAAUCUCCCAUCCUUCCAACGGCGCCUUUGCCCCCUUCGCACGGCACCUGCGAUGACUGGACGACCCCAGACUUAGAUAUAUUUCUCUCCAAUCUGGAUGUUCAGAUGGGUUUGGAGCCGCUAGCUGGUGCAUCAGAAAUCGCUACUCUUACCAUGGUCCGACUUCCCCCUGCAUCACCGUUCACUGCUGGUACUGUCACCCUGCCUCCAGACACCAGCUCAAGCAUGCUGCCCGCCAUCUCCCUGCCUCCAGAUCCAGACACCAGCUCAAGCAUACUGCCCGCCGUCUCUCACACACCUCAACUGGACACUACUUCCACUCCCCCUCCAGACACCAGCUUGAACAUACUGCCCGCCAUCUCUCACAUCCCUCAACCGGUCACUACUUCCGGUCACCCUCCAGAUACCAGCUUGAGCGCCGAGUCACUCACUAGCGAACUUCCUCUCACUUCGACAACUCCUUCCUUUGACGUGGAUCCAUUAACACCUACCCCAGGAAGCGACCAUCUUGAUGAAAUAGAGACCAAUGAUGGAACAGCGCUUGAAACACGCAGGACCAAGCGCAUCCCCAAGCCAUCAACACGCAACGACGCUGCAAAUGUGAUCGGCGCUUCUCGGAAGGAAAACAAGUGUCCCCGGGCUGAGAUGUCUUCAUACCACGGAUCCAAGUGA